AUGGCGUACGCCGCAAUGAAGCCAACCAAGCCCGGUUUUGAGGAAUCCCAGGAACAAAUCCACAAGAUAAGGAUCACCCUUUCCUCCAAGCACGUCAAAAAUCUCGAGAAGGUUUGUGCGGACCUGGUUCGCGGUGCAAGGGACAAGCGCCUCAGAGUUAAGGGACCUGUUAGGAUGCCCACUAAGGUUCUUAACAUCACUACAAGAAAAUCCCCUUGUGGUGAAGGUACCAACACAUGGGACAGAUUUGAACUUCGUGUGCACAAGAGAGUCAUUGACCUCUACAGUUCCCCCGACGUGGUUAAGCAAAUUACCUCUAUCACCAUUGAACCUGGUGUGGAGGUUGAGGUGACCAUUGCAGAUGCUUGA